AUGGAGCUGGAGUCGCUGACAUCAGGUGCAGAUAGGAGGACCCUGAGCAGACUGCUCUCAAUCCUGGACAAUGACUGUCACCCUCUGCACACCACCUUCUCCAAACAGAAGAGCAUGUUCAGUGAUAGACUCCUGUCUCUGUCAUGCAGAACACAUUUUGGAUAUAUUCCGGCCUUAAUUGACACACCCCCAGCAGCUGCAUUCAGUAUUUCAGGACUAAAUGAAUCCAAAGAAAACAAGAAUGUAAUAUUUGCAUUUUCUCUUCAAGGUUAUAUUUUCACUCUCUUCCUAAAUCUGACUAUAAUUAUUACAAUCUCACUAGAGAAGGACCUACAUCAGCCGAUGUAUAUUUUCCUCUGUAACUUGUGUAUAAAUGCAUUGUACGGCACUCUGGGACUCUACCCUAAAUUUCUGUAUGACUUACUCUCGGACACCCAAAACUUUUCAUACAUAGGUUGUUUGCUUCAGAAUUUUGUUAUCCUCUCAUAUGCUUUGUGUGAAUUUACCAAUUUAACAGUGAUGGCAUUUGACAGGUAUGUAGCAAUAUGCAGGCCUUUGCAUUACCAUACCAUUAUUACCCCUGUGACUACAGGCAAACUACUGGUUUUCAUUUGGAUGGUUCCGUGCUGUUCUGUUGUCUGUUCCAUUCUACUGAUUGUUAGAGUACCCUUUUGUGGUAUCAAUAUCAAUGCUGUGUACUGUAAGUUUGUCAUUUGCAGUGGCGAUUCUAUAUUCUUUGCGUACAAUGCAGCAGUAACAUUCAUAUAUUUAGCAAUGGCGAUGUUUGUCAUCUACUCUUAUGUUAAAAUACUGUAUGCCUGCAGGAAAUCGAAACAAAGCCAGUCUAAAUUCAUACAAACCUGUCUUCCCCAUUUAAUUAGCUACAUAAACUAUAUUGUCGUUACAUUGUUUGAAGCGUUUAGCACUUACUUUAGUAGAAGAGACAUUCCUGAUUGGUUUAACAUCGUUAUGUCUAUGGCUUUUUUAGUCACCCCCCCCGUUGUCAAUCCCAUUAUUUAUGGCAUGAACCUUAGACCAAUCAGGACAAGGAUAAGGAAAAUGUUGUAAAACAUGCCUUUUUAAUGUUUAUGAAGAACAAUACCAUACAUGUUUAGAAUUAAUUAACACGUGCUUAAUUAAAUACGUUUUUUUUUUUAGUUAGUUAAAGCUUAUACAUU